UUUCCAAAUAAUUUGUGUUCACUUUAUAACAGUAUAGAAGAAAGUAAAAAAUGGAAAAGGCCAUUUCUCAGUUCCUUCUAUUUAUUUUCUCGCUUAUAUGUUUGUAAAAUAAAUUUUCAUUUUUGUGUAGUUAAUAAUAAACUUAAUUUAGAUCAUGAGGCGUUCAAUAUGUAACAUAGACUGAUGUUUUUAAAUGAAAUGUUCCGUUACAUGUGACAAUCCAUACCGAUAUUAAUUAUAAGGUAUAAUCGCUAUGAAUGAUUGAGUUGGCCAUCAUAAUAUAUUAAUAUGUAGCGUAGUAGGAUGACUUCUCACGAGAAAUGAAGAACAAGAGGAUAAUCAAUCAAUGAUAAAAUACUAUUUUAACAUUUUUUUUUUGCUGAAAUUUUAACUAUUUUAACAUUUAUUACAUGCAGUAUAUAUAUUGACCCAAUCAAUCUAAAGCUAUAAUAUGAUUAUCCGAUCAUGCCCAAGAUUUUGUACCACACAAGCAGAUAUGAGACCUUAAAAGUAGGAUGACGAGAAAUGAAGAACAAGAGGAUAAUCGGUAUCGAAUAUUAAACCCCUAAAUAUAGAGAGGCGAAAAAAAACAAGAAUAGUUAUACUUUGUUCCUCUACAAUAUAUCUCCCUCUCUCUUUCUAUGCUUUGGCUCUUUAGGGAAACACCUAAUCUAGAAGGUGAAAAUGGAAAAUAUAACCAAAACAUAUAACUACGGAGGAGUAGACUGGAUUUGCGAGACAUGGAUAGGUGCAAGCUCGAUGGGCAUUGCGCAUGGAGAGAAUCCGAUCAAGUUUGCUCUUCCUCUUCUUCUCCUUCAGAUAUCUGUGGUCUCCCUAUUUUCCAUGUUUUUUCAGUUCCUUCUCCGGCCUUUCGGAAAAUUUGCAUUUCUCUCUCAGAUCCUCGCUGGGAUCUGCUUAGGACCGUCGAUUAUAGGACGUAACAAACAGUACAUGUCGACAUUUUUCUACACGAGAAGCAUGUACAUAAUCGAAUCCUUUGAGGCCAUAUGUUUCCUCUUCAUCUGCUACGUCACAACAUGUCAAAUAGACACGCAUAUGAUAAAGAGAGUAGGCAGGUUAGCAUUCAUAAACGGCAUCAAAACCGGCAUCGUCCUUUUCCUUAUACCUUUCCUGUGGGGCCAAUUCACUGCCGUCUUGAUCUCCAAGAGGCUAGGAGGUAGACCCGCCGGGGUAUCUCCUGCGGAGUUUCAUCACGUGGCGAUCGUGCAGUCCACCAUGUUCUUUCAGGUGGUUUACGGAGUGUUGUCGAACCUAAAGAUGCUCAACACCGAGCCAGGGAGGUUAGCACUUGCCUCCAUGAUGGUCCAUGACUGCCUCUCUUGGUGUUUUUUCAUGCUUAACAUCGCCCUUAAACAUAACACUCACUUAGCCGAUAAAAAUCACGCCUAUUACUUGUCCGCCGCACAGAUGCUAAUGAUAGUGAUGAUAGUAUACGUGUUCCGGCCGAUAAUGGAGUGGAUGAUGAAGAGAACACCAGAGGGACACUCUCUAAAGGCAUCAUAUCUCACCGUUAUAUGUGUCUUGCUCUUCAUCUCUUCUCUCUGGUCAGAAUUUGUGGGCUUACCUUACUUCUUUGGUGCGGUGGCCUUGGGUCUAGCCACCCCGAAACGUCCGCCUCUUGGAACAGGACUCUCAGAAAAAAUGGGUUGCUUCAUCUGGUAUUUCCUGAUGCCUUGCUACAUCAUAGGGAUUGGCUACAACAUGGAUCUCUCUCUGUUUUCCUUGGGAGAUUUAAUCCGCUAUGAGAUACUCUUUGGCAUGGUCCGGUUCGCCAAAGUCGUGGCUGUUGCCUUGCCUUCCCUUUACUAUAAUGUGCCACUUUGGCACGCCAUUCUUGUCGGGUUUAUCGUCAAUAUCCAAGGAAUUUACGAUGUUCAAAUCUACAAACAGAACUUCAAUUACAGGAAAAUAUCAAAGAAAACAUUUGGAGCAAUGGUGAUGUCAGCAAUGAUAAACUCAACAAUUCUCAUAGUGGUUGUCAAGAAAGUGUACCAAACCAUGAGCAAACGCAACCCCUACAAGAGACGUACGGUUCAACACUGUCGAAUCGAGGCUCCUUUGAGGAUCCUCACUUGUUUCAGGCAGCGCGAGGCGGUCCGUCCGGUGCUGGACCUCGUCGAACUCUCUCGUCCAGCCAUCGGAUCUCCUCUCUCCGUCUUCGCCUUGAACUUAGAAGAGCUGAAUAACCAUAGUCUUCCUCUUCUCAUUCAUCACACGCAAGAGAUAAGUCCCUUCGUCGUGCCUAGCCCAAGAGACCAGAUCGUUAAGGCCUUCCACAACUACGAGAAGACUAAUCCGGAGACCGUACUGAUAGAGUGCUUUACGGCGGUGGCACCGCGGAAGACGAUGCACGAGGACGUUUGCACAAUUGCAUUUGACCAGGAGACAGAUCUUGUGGUCCUAACUCUUGAUGCCGGGAUGGAGUCGUGGGAGAGGCUGUUGUGUAGGAAUCUCCUGCAAACAUGUCCGUGCUCCGUCGCGCUCUUCAUAGACCGAGGGAGGCUCCCUGAUUUCAGGUUCGUUCCCAUCAAAAAGCUUUGCAUCACUAUCUGCGCUGUCUUCUUAGGCGGACCAGAUGACCGCGAAAUGCUUGCUUAUGCUACACGCUUAGCAAACCAUCCGAGCGUCGAGCUUCAUGUCUUCCGGCUGUUGGAUCAGAACGGCGCCUCGCCGCUCCGAGACAUGGUCGAGAGAAAUCACGACAUGAGAGUCAUCAACGUGUUUCGCAAAGAGAAUUCCGAAAAUAACAUAAUCUUCAGAGAGGUAAGAAUAGAGGAAGCUGUGGAACUGAUGGAGUUGCUAAGGAAGGAAGGAGACGACUUCGAUGUGAUGAUGGUUGGGAUAAGACACGAAGAGAAUCUAUUGAUGUUGGAAGGGUUGUCAGAAUGGAGCAAGAUGAAGGAAUUAGGAGAGCUUGGAGAUUUGUUGAUCUCCAAAGAUCUCCAGCUCUCUGUCUCUGUUCUCGCUCUCCACCAAUGA